GACUACAUCCACAGAUCUUAUAAAAAGCGAAUUAGAACUGCGUCUUUUCGAGGUAAGGAAAGUCACAAACGUACUACAUAAGACCAGCAAAUGCCCACUACCUCUUUUCUUCGUUGACCUGGAACCAACUCACUAUUCGAACGAUAUUUUCAAACUCUCCUCUCUGCUGCAUACCAAAAUCAAAGUCGAGGAACCAUAUAAGCCUAAAGUGAUAAGCCAGUGCCUCAACUGCCAGGAGUACGGCCACACAAGAGCCUACUGCGGGUAUUCUGCUCGCUGUGUCCGUUGCAGUGCUUUCCACCCAUCCUCAGAAUGUUCCAAAUCACGAGAUUCACCAGCCAAAUGCGCGCUGUGCUCAGGGGACCAUCCGGCCAACUACAGAGGUUGCAGCGUUUAUAAAGAACUCCAGCGCCGCAAGAAACCAGUCGCAAGUUAUGCGCCACUUAUCCCAUUUAUGUCGACGAUAGCAAAACAACGUGGCUAUUCGUCGUUCAUCGUCGGUCUAGUUUUCGCAGUAAUGCCUCUUCCGGGGAUGUUGGCCAAAGUUAUUUUCGGUUCGCUCACGGACAAAUACAAUUGUCGGCGAAAUGGACGCGACUCGGACGCGAUUAGAUCACCGCUGUUUUGGUUAUUUUGGACCACAGCCACGUUGUUUGCGACCACGACUACGGUGAAGAAUGUUUUGGAGGAUACGAUUUGUAUGAAUCUAUUAGGUGAAAACAAACAUCAAUAUGGUGGACAGAGGUUGUGGGGAUCCAUUGGUUAUAGUGUGUUAGCCAUCGCUUCUGGUGUAUGUGUAGACUGGAAUAGCAAAGAACAAGAGUUCAAAAAUUAUACACCUUGUUUUGUAAUUGCAUUGAUGUGUUUCAUUUUGGAUAUAUUUGUGGUGUCGAACAUUGAGGCAAUUUAUUCAAAUUAAAUUUUGUUCUAACAAACCGUUUGUAGUGUGUCAAUAAUCAUGCAUAGUCUUAGUUUACAGGUUGUACAAGAAAGCUCGUACACCAAUAAGGUGUCGUCCGAUGUUAAAAAAUUGCUAACUGAAUUCAGAAUUUUAGCCUUUAUCGUUUGGGUUGUGUUGUUUGGAUUUUUCGUAUCGUUCUUAUGGAACUUUUUAUUCUGGUAAGCAUAAAAUAUAGUUUUUCUAUUAUAAUAAUUAUUAUUUUAAGAAAAGUGAUUAAAAAAAAAUCGUAUUCGGGUAAUCCCGUUUUGAUAUUUUCAAAAUACUUGUGUACUAGGUUUUGGCUGAUAUUGUGAAUGUAGGUGAAUUUUCAAUACAAUAUGUUAUUAUGUAUUGCUUACAUUAGAUUAAAAUAAUAAAUUAAAAUAGAUAAAUCUUGUUAUGUUUUUGAGAGGUACAGAGCACAACUUGAACGCAUAAGUGCAAAACAACGAAUGAUUCUUUAUUGAAUAAUAUAACCUAACAAUACAAAAUAUAUCCUGGAAGAAUUCCAUAUUUCCAAAGACAUUACAGAUUCCUUCACACUUAAUUAGGAAUAUUUAAAAAAAAACAAUAGUAUUAAAGAAUCAUAAAAAUUACAAAAUAUUAAACAGUAUACAUACAUUUUAUAAAACAUAAAUUAAUAUAACAGUAUUAAGGUAUACAUAACAAAGUCAUAAACAUUACAAAUACUACAAUUAAAUAAUACAAUAAGAAUAAUGAAAAUAAAAUAUAAAAAUUAGUUUUACAAAUUUAACUUUUGAGGUUUUUUAAUAAUCCUAUCACUCUUCCUAACCUGUGUGACUUCUGGCUUAACUUCAAUAACAUCAGACUUAGUAUUCUCUACCUCAGUACUAACUUUUCCUCCUUCCUCAAUAAUACUUUCAAUUACUGGUUUGUUUUCACUAAACCUAGUUUCAAUAUCAUUCAAAUGUUUAUGAUUAACAUUAACAUUUUUAACUCUAUCAAUAAUUUGAUUAAUAUGUCUUUUCCACACUAAAGAAUUAUUAAUUUGAACCAGAUAAGUAACAGGUGACAAUACUUUAAUAAUUGUACCUGGUACCCACAUAUUACCAGAACCAUAAUUUCUGCACAUAACAGUAUCUCCAAUCUUAUAGGAUUUCUCUCUAUUGCCUCUAAAAACAUGUUUAGCAUUUUCCAAACACUUGUUAUAUUUAUUCUUAGCAAAAGGAAUUAGUCUAUCGAAUUGAGUUGGCAAGGUACGCCCAAUGUGUAAUUCUGCCGGAGUAACACCUGUAGAACAGUGUUUUGUACUGUUGUACGAUAUAACAAAUCUAUAUACAUCAACUUCAAUGUCAGAAUUAGGGUUACAUUUUUUUAUAAAAUUUUUGAAAGUGCGAACAAGAUUUUCAGCUGCACCAUUUGAUGCAGGAUUAUACGG